UACUUUUUGGGAAAUAUUGAAAGGAUAUCACAAACAUUUAGUAGAUCUAGCAGUAUGCAAGUUGAAAAUUCCUCUGUAAGUUCUAGUGUUGAACAUUUUACAGAUGAACCUCCGCAAGUUAUUUAG